CAGACGACUUUUCCUCAGUUGUCGGUUUUCUUGCCAGUCAGCAGAGCGGCUGGUUAGUGGAAGAAUACGAGAAGAGGAGGGCAUUUGUGGGUGUGUAUAGCAGAGAGAGAGAGAGAGAGAUUCAGCAUUGGAAGGAAUGAGGGCUGCCUUUCAUAGCACUGAGCGGAGACGCAGAGUCCAGCAAAUAGCAAGGCACUGAGACCUAUACGGCUGCCAAUACUUUCAGGCCUCCCAUUCAGACAGCUUAAUUAUCAGCAAGGUUCCCCAGCCUCCUUUGCCCUGAUAAAGACCCCUCGGCUGGCAUUACUGAUUGUAUCCUUGGUUUAUUGUACAAAAAACAGAAACAAAAAACCCAAAACAAUCAGUGGUUGCGUUCAAUCUGGAGAUCAGCCUCUAAUCCUUUGCAUCACUCUGAGGACCAUGGCAAGCCCCCACAACUACCCUCAGUGUACACCUGGGAUUCUUCCUGGUUGCACACGCUCCUUCUAAGCCAAGUGAGGAAAAAGUGUGUGUGUGUGUGUGAGGAGUGUUUGGAAGCAGGAAAAAAAAUGUUUGCUGCUUCUGGUCAGUCUUAAAAAAAAAAAGUGGAGUGUGUGCAUGUUUCGGGGGACGUAUCCAUUCUCUCUAAGCGUGAACCAAAGUGAAAACAUAGAGCUAUGGAGUCGCCGACGAAGGAAAUUGAAGAAUUUGAGAGCAACUCUCUGAAAUACCUCCAGCCGGAACAAAUAGAGAAGAUAUGGCUGCGUCUCCGAGGACUGAGAAAAUAUAAGAAAACAUCACAGAGGUUACGAUCAUUGGUCAAGCAGCUAGAGAGAGGAGAAGCUUCUGUUGUUGACUUGAAAAAGAACUUGGAAUAUGCAGCUACUGUACUUGAAUCUGUGUACAUUGACGAAACCAGGCGUCUGUUGGAUACCGAAGAUGAGCUCAGUGAUAUCCAAUCCGAUUCUGUGCCCUCGGAGGUACGGGACUGGCUGGCUUCCACCUUCACACGGCAGAUGGGGAUGAUGCUGAGAAGGACCGAGGAGAAGCCAAGGUUCCGAAGCAUUGUCCAUGCAGUUCAAGCUGGGAUAUUUGUGGAGAGAAUGUACAGGCGAACAUCCAAUAUGGUUGGACUUAGCUACCCACCAGCAGUCAUUGGGGUGCUAAAGAAUGUAGACAAGUGGUCUUUUGAUGUAUUUGCACUGAAUGAUGCUAGUGGGGAUCAUGCACUGAAAUUCAUUUUCUAUGAAUUGCUCACACGCUAUGAUUUGAUCAGCCGCUUCAAGAUUCCAAUUUCUGCUCUGGUCUCAUUUGUGGAAGCUCUGGAAGUUGGCUACAGUAAACAUAAAAAUCCGUAUCACAACCUAAUGCAUGCAGCAGAUGUCACACAGACUGUUCAUUACCUCCUUUUUAAGACGGGUGUAGCGCACUGGUUGACCGAGCUGGAAAUCUUUGCGAUGAUCUUUGCUGCUGCCAUCCAUGACUACGAGCACACUGGAACCACCAACAACUUUCAUAUUCAGACUCGGUCAGAUACAGCCAUUCUUUAUAAUGACCGGUCUGUGCUGGAAAAUCAUCACCUGAGUGCAGCUUUUCGCCUUUUGCAAGAUGAUGAAGAGAUGAACAUUCUGUCUAACCUCUCCAAGGAUGAUUGGAGGGAAUUCAGGACUCUGGUGAUUGAGAUGGUGCUGGCGACAGAUAUGUCCUGUCACUUCCAGCAAAUCAAAGCCAUGAAGAACGCAUUGCAGCAGCCAGAGGGAAUUGACAAACCGAAAGCCUUAUCACUGAUGUUGCAUACUGCAGAUAUCAGUCAUCCCGCCAAGGCAUGGGAUCUCCAUCAUCGCUGGACCAUGUCACUACUAGAGGAGUUCUUCAGACAGGGUGACAAAGAAGCAGAAUUAGGGCUUCCUUUCUCCCCAUUGUGUGAUCGCAAAUCCACUAUGGUUCCUCAGUCUCAAGUAGGCUUUAUUGAUUUCAUUGUGGAGCCCACUUUCACUGUGCUGUCUGACAUGACAGAGAAGAUUGUAACACCUCUCAUUGAGGAAGCCUCCCACUCUGGCAUGACAGGGUUUAGACGUUCCAGUCUGAACAGCAUCAGCCCCUCAGAAGUUAAAAGAUCAAGUGUCAAGAGCACUGGGUCAGAAGGAAGUGCCUCACUCAACUGUUCCAUCCUCACUGUGGACUUCAAAUGUUUUAAAAACACUUGGACUGAAGUGGUGCAACAAAACAGGGAGAAGUGGAAAGCACAAGCAACCAAAGAAGAAAAAGCAAAGAAGGAGGCAGAAGAAAAUUCUCAACAGGGUGCAGAUGAAAAGAGAACGGAUGAAAAUGAAGGGAAAAAGCCAACAGAGGAAACAGCUGCCACCAAAUCUGAAAACAGUAAAGAAGGAAAUUCAGGAGACAGUAAGAGCACAGAAGCCAGUAAGAGCAAUGUAAAUGGGACUCGUCAAACUGGUGUUAACAAAAAUGACGCUUCUCAAGGGAAGAAUGUAACACGGGCAGAAAAGGAAACAGAUCCCAGCUCAACAGCAAGAGACCAGAAGCGGCAUGUACAGAAUGGUGAAGUGAAGGAUGAUAAGAAGUCAGACAAGAAAGAACAGGGAAAAGAAUUAAAGAAAUCAGAGGGUUCAAAGCAGCGCACAAAUGAUGUACCAGUACCAGAUUCCUCAAAUCGGCUCACUUUGCCAGCCAUCAAGCCUGAGAUACGCAGUUCAAGGAAACCCAACAGCCUCUCAAACACCACCUUCCCACCUUUCCACAAGAAAACUGAUGAAUACAUGGUGAGAUAUAAGCUGCUUGAUCAGAGAGGAAAAAUGAAGAAAAUUCAAAAUAUUUCGCAAAACUGGAAUAGAAAAUAGAGAUGAAAGUUCUGCUUUCCUCCAUCUUUCCAGUCAUUGAGGGAAGACAUUUGGGAAGAAGGUGUUUUUAAGAAAUACUUUAAAAUGCUUUGAACUUUAAACAA